GUAUGGCGUAUCUCUCUACUUUGUUUUGAUUCCUCUCUUUUACUGUUUCUUCUCUCCUCUGUACAUGCACGCGCAUACAUACAUACAUAUACAGUAUCAAAAGAAAGAAAAAAAAACACACUACUUAGAGGAGAAACCCUAUUUAAUGAGCAGCAUAGCCCACUGCUUUCUUCCAUGCAAUUGUCUCUUGUUCACUAUCCAGCAUCAGUUCUCUAGCUUUCUUGCUCUCUCUCUCUUUCUUUUUUUUUUUCACUUGGUUUACCUUAUCUCCUCUAGUCCAUAACUUGUGUCUUUUAGCAUUUCUCUUUUGCUCUCAUCAGUUUGUUAUUCUAUUCCCAUACCUCCAUUUUUGUUAGGUAUCUUUCUCUGACAAAACACCACCCCAUUUGUCUCUAAUCAAGUGCUUCAUUACAUUUUUUUUAGCUGUUUCUCCCUCUCUGUCUUAAACCUUCAUUUUGUUUUCUGACAAGAUAUACUAGUUUUUAGCCACAAUGUCAAGCAGAAGAUCACGUUCCAGGCAGUCAGGUGUUUCCAGGAUCACAGAUGAUCAGAUCACCGAUCUUGUUUCCAAGUUGCAACAGCUUAUCCCUGAGCUUCGAGGAAGGCGCUCCGACAAGAUAAGUCAUAUUCACAGCCUCAUUUAUUUUCAUGUGGUGCAUAGCAACAAGUUGAAGGUAUCAGCUUCCAAGGUCUUACAGGAGACUUGCAACUAUAUCAGAAGCUUACACAGAGAGGUGGACGACCUCAGUGACCGGUUAUCCGAGCUACUAGCUUCCACAGACACCGAUAGCGACCAAGCAGCCAUCAUCAGGAGUUUACUUAUGUAAUCAGCCUUUGUUUUUUCACUAUAUUUACUUACCUUCCAUAUAUCUAGGGUUUGGUGAUCACUAGUAGCAAUGCAGAACAAGUGUUUAAUCCUUGUCAAAGACUUGUUUUAGUCAAGUCUAUCGUCAUAUAUUAUAAAAUAAUAAUAAAAAAAAAAAAAAA